UAUAUACAACUGGCAAAUUGUGCAGAACAGUUAAAGUUAAAGUUUCUCGAGUCUUGGCCGGUGGCUGUGUUCUUGAAUUCGCACCAAUUUUUUUACUUUCAAAUCAUCAGAAUGUCUGGAAGAGAAGGAGGUAAAAAGAAGCCCUUGAAGGCACCCAAAAAAGAUAACAAAGAAUUGGACGACGAUGAUAAGGCCUUCAAGCAGAAGCAAAAGGAGCAACAGAAAGCUCUGGCUGAAGCUGCAAAAAAAGCAGGACAGAAAGGACCACUUGUGACAGGUGGAAUCAAAAAAUCUGGAAAAAAAUGAUCCAUUCUACUUUGGACUGCACCCAUACACAUCUAAUUCUUGUCCUUUGUAAAAUAACUUCAAUUUUUAAUUCUCACCAAAUUUUAUUGUGCACAUACAAGGUUAAAUUUGGUGUACUUUGAAUAUAUUUUAAUAUGUUUAGUAACUUUCUUGUAAAUCAUGAACAUCUUGUUGAUUCAAAAGUCUGACCUUUAUCAAAGUUUUUUUGUACAUAAACGAAUAAAGUUACUUUUAAAACGAC